AUGAUACUUCGACCUCUAGUUGCUGCUUUGGUAGCUACGACUGUGUAUGGAGCUGCGGCAGAGCCUCUUCGCUCUCGAGAUGACUUGGCUGGAAAGAUUGAGAAGCAGAACAAGAUCUCUCUCCAAGGUGUGCUCAACAACAUCGGCCCUCAUGGAAGCCAGGCACCUGGCGCAUCUGCAGGUGUCAUAAUCGCUUCUCCAUCUACCGAGAACCCAAACUACUUCUAUACGUGGACACGAGAUGCCGCACUGACCAUGAAGAUGCUUGUCGACGAGUUCAUCCAUGGCAAUUUCUGGCUCCGGACGACCAUUCAAGACUACAUCAAAGCACAAGCUAUUCUCCAGACCGUCAGCAACCCGUCCGGUGCUCUGGGCUCUGGACGUGGUCUGGGCGAACCAAAGUACUACUCCAACCUCACUCGUUUCAACGGUGACUGGGGUAGGCCGCAGCGGGACGGGCCGGCUCUUCGUGCAACCGCCUUGAUCACUUAUUCGAGGUGGCUUCUCAGCACUGGGCGCAAGUCAGAUGUUACUGAAGCCAAGGAAGUGAUUUGGCCCGUCAUCCAGAACGAUCUGUACUAUGUCUCCCAGUAUUGGAACAGCACUGGAUUCGACCUCUGGGAAGAAGUUCUUGGGUCGUCUUUCUUCGCCACUGCGGUGCAGCACCGUGCUCUUAUCGAAGGAGCAGCUCUGGGGAAGCGCCUGGGCAUACAGACAUCUCCCUUCGAGUCUCAAACCUCCAACAUCUUGUGCUUCCUCCAAGCUUAUUGGAAUGGAGAGUAUGCCUUGUCGAACAUCAACACCCAGGACUGGUACAAUAGGUCGGGUAUUGAUGCCAACACCGUGCUUACUUCUAUCGCUACUUUCGAUCCAGAGGCCAAAUGCGACGACGCGCUCUUCCAGCCUUGCUCACCACGCGCGCUGGCCAGUCUCAAGGUUUAUGUGGACUCUUUCCGCGACAUCUACACCAUCAACAAGGACGCCUCGGAAACUUCCCCCGUCGCCACCGGCCGCUACAAAGAGGACGUCUACUUCGAAGGCAACCCCUGGUACCUCACCACGCUCUCUGUCGCCGAGCAACUCUACGACGCCAUCCAGCAGUGGAGCACCAUCAACACGCUCACCGUCUGCGAGACCAGCCUUCCCUUCUGGAAGUCCGUCUACCCCUCGGCUAAACUCGGCACCUACCGCAAGAGCCAGCGCGAGUUCAACAAGCUACUCGACGCCGUUCUGAACUAUGCAGACGGCUUCGUCAAGAUCGCGCUGAAAUACACGCCGAGCAGCGGCGCGCUGGCCGAGCAGUACAGCCGCGAAAACGGCACCGCCAUCUCCGCCCGCGACCUCACCUGGUCCUACGCCUCCUUCAUCACCAUGCGCGGCGCCCGCCUCUCCGCCACAUCCGAGUACAUGCAAGUCCCCUCCUGGGGCGCGCCCUCGGCCCCCCAGAUCCCCUCAUCCUGCAAGCCCGGCUCCGUCCCCGGCGUCUACGCGCCCGCGCUCAAAGCCGGCGCGCCGCCCGGCAGCGGCGGCUGCACCAUCCUGGUCACCUUCAACGUCAACGCGUCCACCUUCUACGGCGAGAACGUGUACCUCACGGGCAACACGACGGACCUGGGCCAGUGGAAUCCGAACGACGCGGUCCCCGGGAGCGCGAACGAGUACACGGCAGAGCGCCCGCUGUGGAGCUUCACGGUGGAGCUGCCGGCGAAUUCGUCGGUCGAGUAUGGCUAUUUGAGAAAGGAGCCGGAUGGCGCGGUGUUGAUGGAGACGCGGAAUCGCACGCUCGAGGUGCCGCUUUGUGGGGAUACGAUUUUUGCGCCGAAUGCGACGGUGGAGGAUGAGUGGGUCGGGCCGACGGGGACGCCGGUCGCGAAGCUCUUAUAG